UGACACCCGGUGUUUCGUUUGGAAACCAGGAAGGGAGCCUGCAACAGCAGGAGAAACCACAAGCCAGAUCCCUGAAUGAACAAGGGAGUUCUCAGAUCAUCCAGUGCUUCAAAGGGCGGCCGAGAAGAACGGAGAUUUUGAGUCACAAUGUUGAAGAUGAGCGCCCCCUUUCUGCUGCUCUUGGUGUCUUCUCUGCAUGCCAGCAGCCCAUUGGGCAAACAAACCUUGCCAAAGAGAGAGGCCCGGAGGGUUCCGUCCUGCGUGCGAUGCUGCGGACCGGGCGAGCAGCCCGCCUCCAUCACCGCUUCCCGCUAUGCCCGGAUGACUGGCAACUCCAUUUACACCGUGCCCAAGAUCCAGCCCACCGUUGACAUCACCAUCUUGAAAGGUGAAAAAGGUGAAAUGGGGGAGAGAGGAAUCUCCGGCCCUGAAGGCAAAGUGGGCGAACAAGGUCUUCGUGGUUAUAAUGGGCGGAAAGGGCAAAAAGGCCAGCCUGGGCCACCGGGCAACUCCUGUAAGCAACAUUACGUUGCCUUUUCCGUCGGCCGGAGCAAACCUCUCCACAGCUCCGAUUACUACCAGCACGUCACGUUCGAUGCCGAGUUUGUCAAUCUCUACAAGCACUUCAACAUGUUCACGGGGAAAUUCUUCUGCUACGUACCAGGGAUCUACUUCUUCAACCUCAACGUCCACACCUGGAACUAUAAGGAGACCUAUCUCCACAUCAUGAAGAACGAGAGUGAGGUGGCCAUCCUCUACUCCCAGCCCAGUGAGCGGAGCAUCAUGCAGAGCCAAAGCCUGAUGCUUGACCUUCAGGAAGGAGAUGAGGUCUGGGUGCGAAUGUUCAAGCGGGAAAGAGAGAAUGCCAUCUACAGCGAGGAGUCGGACAUUUACAUCACCUUCAAUGGCCAUCUAAUUAAGCCGGCUGUAGAGUGACUGGCUUCAAGCCUAACGUAGGAUAGGCAGACCCAUCCGUUCCCCCAAGGUGACAAGUCCAUGGGCUGCUUGCCUGCACAUGGGCCAAGAGAGAGAUGGUAGUGUAAAUCAUGAGUAAGGAUGGACGAAUCUGUCACUUUCAGGUCUCUCCAUUUUUCAUUUUUCCAAUCCCAAUUUCAGUUCUCUGCAUUUUUAAUUAAAAAAAAAAA